UUUAUACGCUUGCUUGACAAUUACAAUAUGCGUGUGACAGAUCCGGAGUAUUUCACAGAGCAAAAAAUGAGCGAAACUUGGGAUUUUCUCAACUCUAUCAUGGCAACCAAUGUGAUGAAAAGGACACAUCAAUUUCUCGUCAGUCUGAAUAUGACCUCACCGGAUCAGGAGAAAUUCAAAUCAGUCCUGUUCGACAUGUGGUUCGCGUUCGAUCGACCCAGAGAGUGA